AUGUUUUCCGGGUUCACUCCAUUUGGUGGAGGAUAUGCUAAUCUGCCGCAGAAGUUUGAGGACUUCUUUCGGUGCUAUCCUGUGGCUAUGAUGAAUGAUAGAAUCAGAAAAGAUGAUGCCAAUUAUGGUGGUAAGAUAUUUUUGCCUACUAGUGCUUUAAAUAAGCUAACAAUGUUGAAUAUACGGUACCCAAUGUUGUUUGAGCUUACAGCGAACGAAAAUGGUCGAGUUACGCAUUGUGGUGUGCUGGAAUUCAUCGCAGAAGAGGGUAGAGCUUAUUUGCCACAAUGGAUGUUGGAGACUUUAGGUGUUCAACCAGGAUCUUUGCUAAAAAUCGGCUCUACCGAUGUUCCUUUGGGGCAAUUUGUUAAACUGGAGCCGCAAUCAGUGGAUUUCCUCGACAUCAGCGAUCCCAAGGCUGUUCUAGAGAACGUACUGCGUAAGUUUUCAACAUUGACGAUUGAAGACAUCAUUGAAAUAUCCUAUAAUGAGAAGACGUACAAGAUAAAGAUUUUAGAAGUGAAGCCGGAGUCUCCUUCGAAAGGUAUAUGUGUCAUUGAAACGGACUUGGUAACAGAGUUCGCUCCACCGGUAGGGUAUGUUGAGCCAGAUUAUCAGGCUUUACAACAAAAGGAGUUAGAGGAAAAGCAAAAGAAGAAGAGGGAAGGAAAGUUUGAUUUAUCGGCACAUCAGAAUGGUUCUAUGGCGAGAAGAAUUGAUUAUGUAGCGAAGUUGAAAGAAACUAAUGCAGGAACAACUGCUUUCAGUGGUGAGGGGCAAACACUUUCGGGGAAGAGUAAUAAGAAAAACGGGGACACAGAUCUAUCAAAGAUUCAGAUUACGUUGGAUGGUGAGCCAGCGAGGUUAUCUCUUCCGGACGGCCAGCUAUUUUUUGGAUUUCCAAUAGUACUACCAAAGACAUCAGAAGAUGAGGAAGCCUCAUCUGCGGAGAAUGCAUUCAAAGGGAAGGGACAGUCAUUAAGGAAAAGUAAUAAAAGAAGAGGUAAGUCCGACCAUACUUCUACAAAAUCGAAAACGCCGAAAAGUCCAGAAGUAAUAGAGAUCGAUUAA